AGGACCAUAUCGCGUUUCACCCCACAUUCCCAUGAACACUAUGGCGUCAUCAAGAAAGAUGGUCGUGCUGCGUAUGUACUAGGUGUAGGUAGCCUUACUUCUUGCGCCCUUCUUUACUUCCGGAUGUGGAAAAUGAAGUACUUCGGUCUCUAGGUGUGGAUGAUUUAUUUCGAUUGGCCUGCAUAGAUAACUUUUUCCUUACUGCUCUCCGCCAGAUACUUACAUUCAUACGAUGUUGCCUCUUUCACCAAGAUCGUGAUCGCUGAAGAAUUGUAUGUGGACCGCUUUGAUGAUCAACAAUACUCCAUUGCCGCGAGGACCACGACCGGUAGUUGUUUGACCUCACACUAUCGGCACAAGGAACAGGAUGGCGUUCCUGUUUCCUACUGUCGUCGAGAGCGUGUCACGCCCAACGGUGAAUCAGCUGAUCCGGAGCCACAAGAGAAAGGCGCCCCUGCGCCUAUACCAGUACGCAAACAACCAGUACCCAAAAAUCACAAAAGGUACAAGUCUUAUCUAGCUGCAGCUAGCACGUACUUUCAUAUGUUGACAUUGACAGUGUCACAUUCAACGCUCGUCCUCCCUGUAAAAAAAAGGUUAGUCGACGACGAUCACAUCAAAGUUUGUUCUGAGUCCUGUACACACAUGAUCCAGAUUGAUUACAUUCAUAAAUCGGUCCUCGAACUGCAGAUGAACAACACCGUGCUGUCGAGCGAACCUGUAUAAUUUGUGUAUAUGAUGAUGAUCAAAAAAAAAAAACAAAACAGCCGUGACCGGUGGUGUGCUUGGCGGGCUGGGUGACGCGGUGGCGCAGUGGCUGGAGAAGGAUCCGAAGGUUGACAAGAACUGGAAGUUUGAUUGGCAGCGCUGGGGUGCGUUUUCCGCGUUCAACCUGGCCUGGGCGGGGGUGCCGCUGCAUUUUUACAUCAACUUUUUGGAGAACAAGCGGCGGAAUUUCGGUCUGGUGCAAAAAAUGUUCGUGACCCACAUUCUGUACAACCCGUUCCUCUACUUUCCCUCCUUCUACCUGUGCCACGGCGCGCUGAUGGGCCAGUCCUUUGGGCACAUCCAGCAGCGGCUUCAACGGGAAAUGCCGGACGCGUUGGCGCAGUGUCUGCAGUUCUGGAUCCCGAUCAAUUUCGUGCAGUACACCGCGAUCUCGGCCAGUGCGCAGGUGCUGUUUUUGUCGGUUGCCAACGUCGCGUGGUGCGUCAUCCUCAGCAGCAGUUCGUCCGACGGGGACGCCAGUCCGGCGGCGACCAUCACGAUCACGGAGGAGUCGCGGACCAACUCGGACACGACCAUCUCCAGCUCCACUACUGUACAAGAGGUGUUCGACCACUCCCAUCGCAUUCGCGUAGAAGACGGGGUGCUACGGGUGCUCGACUUGAUGGACCCCGCGCACACGGCGCAGCAAACGGCGUCCGACUUCGCGGAGGGGCAGUUCCGGCGGGAACAGGACCUACUCGCUGGGGAGUUACUGCCCGAGCUGCAGGGAAAAGUGAAAAUAAGAGGCUUUUUACACCCGACAAAGAACACUACGACCGGGACUAGUAGCACAACUACCUCGUCAACAUCAACCUCGUCAGGUGGAUCGGGAGGUGGAACAACGACGACCACAACCUCGACGAUAGCUCGCGAUCUCGCGGCCAAACUGUAGGGCCGCUACACCUGCUGAGACAUAAAGAAGCAGCACAAGCAAAAAGUUGGUGGAUCAUGGGACGACUGAAGAUGGUGGUGGGUAAAGUGAAACAGAUGCAUUCAACAAAUUGCUUAAACUUGAUUCUUCGCGAUUUUUCCAAGCGAUGUGCCUCGCCAAGGAUCGGAAAGACUGGUAGGGAGCGCCUCGAUAUGCCAGAAAGGUGGAUCAUGUCGGUUGUGCUUCGUGGUCUCAAGUCGGAUACUCGAGAAAUCACGGAAGAAAAAUGGAGAAAUCCUCCUCCUGCACCUGAUAUUUAGUGCCUUAUCUCGGCGUAGAGGCGGCAGAAAGCUUCACUAUCGCUGUCAUGUAUGAUGUUGCCAUGCUCUGUCCUCGAGUACCAUAUUCAAUUUCAAUCCAUAUCGAAUUUUUCUUUCUGGACGAGCAUUUUCUGCAAAAUGGUUUCCGCACAUAGAGAUUAGUUUCCCAUGGAGCACUCCUGACGGAACUUAUUGUACAAGCAUCUUGCUACAACUUUAGCUUUGCUUUUCAAUUUCAAGAAACAAUGCGGUGCAAUAAUUUUCCGAUAUUUUUGUUCGCGCAGCUGAUAGCAGUGCCACCGAAAUUUAAAUUUUGGUGUGUUGCUGGUAUUCAGAUCAUUUCAGAGCUACCCGAAGUGCGACGCGGAGCGGCCAAAUGGAUACUCCUGCUGUCCGCACUGGUGCUCUUUAUUUUCGAAGCAGCUGCGCCUGCGGCUUGCGGCAGUUCCGCAAUAGGUUUGUUUCUGUGUUGAUAUAUGCCAAGAGCUUUUCAUCACUGUGACGAUUGAAUUACUCGCAACAUAACAAGCAAAACAAAACAUGUGCAGCAAGAAUUAUAUCCUUUCGAAUUCUGGUCUGGCAAGGUAUACUUGCCGGCGUUUUCGACAAAGCCUCGUAGAUUGGCGACCAUGGGAGCAGCUGCCCAUGCAGCUUUCUACUAAACAAGAUUGAGACAUUUUGCAAGUAUGUUGCGAAAGAUGUUAUAUAACUUUGAUUUUUUCAACAGGAGCAAGUUGAAGAUCUGUAUGUUGAGGUCAAAAAGUUUAGUCUGGAAU